CGCACGUGAGCGCCCGUCAUGGCCUCGGCAGACGUGGAAAAAGUGUUACAGUUGAAACUUCAGCUUAAAGAGAGCAGAGAAGGACGGACGCUGCUGAAAACCUUGAAGAAGCUUCAAGAACUGGACAUAACGCUUGAUAUUCUUGCUGAAACUGGAAUUGGUAAAGUAGUGAACUCCUUUCGAAAACAUGAUGAUGCUGGGGAAAUGGCCAAAAUGUUAGUUCAUCGGUGGAAAAAACUGGUUCCAAAGGAGCCUUCAAGUUCGAAUGUUGUGCAGCUUCAGUCUCCCUCUAUGAAGGAAGAGGUUCAACAAACGGGCAAAGAAGAAAACAGUGAGGCUUCAGGGAGUACGAAAACGUCUGAAGCGAAGCACAAGAAUGAAAACAUUGGCCUUGAAUGUAAACCGUCGAAAAACAUUGAUAGUAAAAGUAAAUUCAAGCAGACAGUGAUUAAAUCAAAAGAUUGCACAGACGGCGAAAAGAAAGAUUGCACAAAGAAAGACUCUGAUGUUGGCCAUAAGCCACAGACACCUAAAAAAUCUUCAAAAGAGAUGUUAGCCAGUGGCUACCAUAAAGAGAAAAAAGAUUGUGAGCAAAAAAAUAUUGCAAAGGAUUCUGACGUAAUGAAUACUCAGCUACCCAAGAACUCCAAUAAGCAAAAAAAUAGUCAUUUGAAGGAAGAUGAUUUGUGUGAGCGACAGCGUGAAAAGAAAAGAGAUGCCUUAAAAAAAAGGGACCACGAGGAGAAGAAAAGGACAGAAAAGGUAUUGGAAGUUGGCAGGGACCCAGAGAUUGAGGAGUUUGAAAUGCCCUCCAUGUCCUUUGAGGCAUACUUAAACUAUGAUCGUGAGGCCCCUAAACGAAAGAAGAGGGCAUGUGAUAGAAACCUAAAGCAUCUUAAGACUAACCAAAAAGAGGAUGGCAAAGUACGUGAAGUCUCCAAUACGACGCCAAGCGAUUCAGCAAUGGAAUCAUCGAUUACUUUGGGUUCAAAGGGAUCAGUGUUGGACUUGCUCAAGGUUCCAUUGCCUGUAAUUUCUCCUGAAAGUGAGGAUCUUUCUCAGUAUCAGUAUUUAACAGAAAAGAAAGUUCAGAAGGCCACAGAUACCUAUGAAGAAGCUGCAGUGUUUACCGGUCAGCGGCUUAAUAAGAAGAUGCAGGUGUACUCUGGAAGCAAGGCUGCGUAUCUUCCCACUAUGAUGACCCUAUACCAGCAAUGCAUCCGAACCCUGCAGAACAAUAUUGACUCACUCUACGAAAUUGGAGGGGUUCCAUUUGAACUCUUGGAGCCAGUGCUGGAGCGUUGCAGGCCGGAGCAGCUGUUACGGAUUGAAGACUGCAAUCCUGUGUACAUAGGCGUAACUGACCACCUGUGGGAGAGGCACUGUCGCCGGGACUUCCGGAAUGCUCAGCUGGAGGAGUAUGAGGCUUGGAGGGAGAUGUACCUCCGCCUGUCUGAGGAGCGAGAGCACAAGCUCCAGCAGCUCACCAGAAGCAUUGUGUCUGCUCAUUCUGGGAAGCCAAAAGGAAGACAGGUGAAGAUGGCAUUUAUACAUUCAGCUGCCAAGCCACCUAGAAAUGUGCGUAUGCAGCAAGAACUUCAUGGCACUGCCAGCCCUGGCUUCCCUCACCCUGCAGACAAGGCCAGUGGGAAGAGUCAAGAGGGUAGAGGGAGACCCUGCUUCAGUGAGCCCUCCAAGCCUCCCAGCACAAGUUCUGGGAACAACCAGUCCCAAGACCCACGAAAGAUCAAAAGAGUGGCUCCAAUGAUGGCAAAGUCUUUGAAGGCUUUUAAGAAGCAACUUGGACGUAGAUGAGUGUGGAAGGUGACUGACUAUAGAAUACAUACCAAUCCUUAUAGACCCAUGUAAACCAAGUUACCUCUUUUUUCUGAUGCUGUAGAGGUUAGGGAUAAGUUCCUACUAAUUUUGAGUGUUUGUUUUUUUUUCUAUAUGGAAAUAAAAGUAUGCACUUUCAAAUGAUAUGACUACCUAUUGUGCUGUGAUUAAAUGCACUGGUAAAAUAAAAUAAAUGUUAUGAUUUAGCUUUGAUUUCUUAUUGGGGUAUUGACAUGAUUGUAUAACGUUUUGUCUCCAUCUAGUGGUUAUAAUGGUAAAUACCUGCUGUAGUCCUUAUUCCAUGGACCCUUGGAUUAAAUAUUAGGACCACCUUUAAAAAUGUGAUCCGGUUGUCA